AUGGUAUUAGAAAUUGAAGCUAUCUUAUACUUGUCUUUAGAGCUUUUACAUGAUUCGGCGCUGAUGAGAAUAUUUUCCAGCGUUGAUAGGAAAUAUUUCAUCCCCAAUUCUUAUUUGGAGAAUCCGUUGGAUGUCUACAUGGAUGCUCCCCACUAUAUUGGGUUCAAUGCUACCAUUUCAGCCCCACACAUGGCAUGUACUGAUAGUAUUAAGCUUGUCAUAGCAUGCAUUAGCGCUAUCCCAAAUGCACGGGCCACUUUCACGCCCCAAUUGCAAAGCAUUAGACAUCGGAUCUGGUUCGGGUCUAUUAACUCUCCCUUUUUAUUUCCUAUUUAUCAGAAUGGUAGGACAAUUGGAAUUGAUCAUAUUCCCGAGUUGGUUUCCCAAUCUAUCAGCAAUGUUGCGGAAUCUGGGCAUAAAGCCCUUCUUGAUGGCAAUGUCCUUGAAUUUUUAGUGGCUGAUGGAAGAGAUGGAUAUGCCAUGGAAUCUCCAUAUGAUGUUAUCCAUAUUGGUGCUGGCGUUUCAGAGCUUCCGGGGAAGAUAGUUUCACAGUUGAAGCCAAAUGGAAUACUGGUAGCACCUAUUGGGCCAGAAGGUCAUCAGAUAUUUCAGGUGAUAACCAAGAUUUCCCAACAAAAAGUCACCACAAAAACCAUAACAGCAGUUCGCUACAUUCCGCUCACAUCAGCCAAUGGCCAAUUAGCAAAUAGAUAG